AGGACAGCAAGUUAUUUUUUCGUUUCCGUUUCAUGAAAUUUGAAAUGUGGCUUUUUGUCAUCAAAUUGCUCUAAAAACAUAGCUAUUGAAUGGGGAACAUUAUUUGUAUGCUGCCCAAGUUCAGGCAAGAUCUUAAACAAGCCUGGAGAAGGGUGAUACACCUGUCUAGUUUACUUAGCCUGUAAACCGACGCAGAAUUACACAUCAGUCACAAGUGCCACAUACCGUUUUGAUGGGAUAAAUCAGCUCCUGAGUUCAGGAGCACCACUGGUAAAAACAAAGUUUAGUUUUAAACUUUAAAGCCGAUUUUCUUUUCUUCGUCCAUUCAUUAUAUCGUAAGGCUUACGCAUGGUAGUCUGGUCGAAGGAUCAAGACAAACUCUCCGAUAUGUCCACCGGGGCAGUAGAGAUGAAGAAGGAGGGUGCUCCGCCAGCCUACCACCACUCGAACGGGUCGGUGCAUCCAGUCAUACUGCCUGACGGCCCCGAAGAAUUACACCAUGAUGCCGGAGAGUACGAGCUCACAGAGGUGACUUCCUUUUCGGACCGGGCCGAACAGGAGAGCGACCGGUCCGAAAUGGUGGUCAUUGACUGUCGGGCCAAUGCUAAAGGACAGAGAGAGGAGGACGCGCUCCUGGAAAACGCCAGCCAAAGUAACGAGAGUGACGAUACCAGCACGGACCAAAACCCGGGGCAACCGGUUCCAUUGAAGGAGACGUCCUUCUCUAUUGGUCUUCAGGUCGUGUUCCCAUUCCUGCUGGCUGGGUUUGGAACUGUGGCAGCUGGCAUGGUGCUGGACAUUGUUCAGCACUGGGAGGUGUUCACACAGGUGACUGAGGUCUUCAUAUUAGUGCCUGCCCUCUUAGGACUGAAGGGGAACCUCGAAAUGACACUUGCGUCCAGACUGUCUACUGCAGCUAAUAUUGGACAGAUGGACACAGCCAAGGAAAUGUGGAAAAUGAUCAUGGGAAACCUAGCUCUAAUUCAGGUGCAGGCCACAGUGGUUGGAUUCCUGGCCUCCAUUGCUGCGGUGAUUUUUGGCUGGAUCCCAGAAGGCCAGUUUAAGAUGGGCCAUGCUGUGCUUCUCUGUGCGAGUAGUGUGGCAACAGCCUUCAUUGCCUCACUGCUGUUAGGGCUUAUCAUGAUCGGCGUGAUCAUUGCCUCUCGGAAGGUUGGCAUCAACCCAGACAACGUGGCAACCCCUAUCGCUGCCAGUCUAGGGGAUCUUAUCACCCUUGCCCUGUUGGCAGGCAUCAGCACAGGACUGUACAAAGAACUGGAUCAUAACAAUUAUGCCAAUCCACUGGUGUGUGCCUUCUUUGUCGCCUUGACGCCAAUCUGGGUGCUGAUAGCUCGGCAAAUCCCCUCAACACGUGAGGUUCUUUACUCUGGAUGGGAACCUGUCAUUAUCGCCAUGGCCAUCAGCAGUGUUGGGGGGCUUAUCCUAGACAAAACAGUGUCCAACCCCAACUUUGCUGGGAUGGCAGUGUUCACUCCUGUUAUCAAUGGCGUGGGCGGUAACUUGGUGGCAGUACAGGCUAGUCGUAUUUCCACGUACCUGCACAUGAAUGGUCUGUCAAUAGGAGAGCCCAAUCCAACUCCGCACAAAUGCCCCACACCCUGUACCACAUUCUUUGGAUCAGGUGUGAACUCUCGUUCAGCCCGUGUGCUCUUCCUCCUGGUUGCGCCUGGUCACCUGGUCUUCCUCUACACUAUUAACUCUAUGCGGGGUGGACACACCACUCUCACCACCAUCUUCAUAGCUUUUUAUAUGGCUGCUGCACUACUGCAGGUUAUGAUCCUGCUGUACUUGGCUGACUGGAUGGUGCAGUGGAUGUGGAGAAGAGGAAUGGACCCAGACAACUUCUCCAUUCCAUACCUGACAGCACUGGGGGACCUGCUGGGGACCGGCUUCCUGGCUCUGUGCUUCCAUAUCCUGUGGCUGAUUGGGGAUGGUGACACAGACGUGGGCGACUGAGCACUGCCGGCAACAGUCCUGUUUCCUCUGACGUUAUCCCUCCUGUCUCCAACAACACAAGCCUUUACUCAGAACACAGAGAAAAAGAAAACUCUACCCUCAUUGUUAUGGUUAUAAAUCUAUUAUU